CUAAAUCGUUCGUCGAGCAAAGCAGUCCGUUCUUCUUCGUCUGUUCACAAAAGAUGGCUUCAACUUGGCGCUUGCUCCUCCUCCUCUGCUUCGCUAUGGCCGCCGUCCCGGUUCUCCCUCAGCCCACAGAGGCUCUCGGAUUCAUUAGCAUUGACUCCGGCGCUGCCGAAGGCACCACCUACGUCGAUCCACUCACCAACAUCACCUACGUCUCCGACCGUGGCUUCGUCGACUCCGACGCAGGCAUUAGCGCAAACAUCUCGGCGGCGUACGUGGCCCCGCUGCUGGCGCGAAGGUUGUUCACGGUGCGGAGCUUCCCCAACGGCACCCGCAACUGCUACACCAUCCGAGAGGGCAUCGCCAGGGGCUCCAAGUACCUGGUGCGCGCCUGGUUCUUGUACGGCAACUACGACGGCCUCGACUCGCAGCGGCUCACCUUCGACCUCCACCUCGGCGUGAACCUAUGGAAGACGGUCAACAUCACUGACCCGAGCGCCUUGUUGCCGGUGGAAGCCAUCACGGUGGCGGCGGCAGACCACCUCUGGGUGUGCCUGGUCAACACGGGGGGCGGGACGCCGUUCGUGUCGUCGGUGGACGUGAGGCCGCUGAAGGACUCGAUGUAUCCGGUGGUCAACGCCUCGCUCAGUUUGGUGAUGUUCAACCGGGUCAAUGUGGGAGGGGCCCAGAAUUACAUAAGGUAUCCCCAUGACCUCCACGACCGGCUUUGGCAGCCCUGGACCUUGCCCGUGUGGACCAAUUUUCACACCGACUCCACGGUCCAAAACAUCGACAAUGACCACUACGAGGUGCCUUCCGUCGUCAUGCAGACCGCCGCCAGCCCUACCAACUCCCGCCAGCUCGUCGUCCCCUGGGUCGCCGACCCCGCCGACGUAAACCAGUACUUCUACGUCCUCCAUAUCUCUGAGAUCUUUGACCUCGCCAGCACCGACGAGUCGCGCAGCUUCGACAUUCGCAUUGGCAAUAUCUUGAUUGGGAACUUGACCCCGGACUACCUCUAUUCGGACGCUGUGGUCAGCACCCUGCCCCUCGUUCCGUCGCCGUCCUACAACAUCACACUUGAGGCUCUGAGCAGCUCCACCCUUCCGCCCAUCCUCAACGCCGUCGAGGUAUACUCAAAGAUGCGGGAUCAGAAUGUGGCGUCUGAAGAAAAGGACGUUGAUGCCAUGAGGACCAUAAAAUCAUCAUAUCAAAUCAAGAAAAAUUGGGUGGGAGAUCCGUGUUCACCACAAGCUUUAGUUUGGGAUGGAGUAAACUGUACUCAUAACAUCUCAAAUCUUCCAAGGAUCACUACUUUGGAUCUAUCAUCCAGUGGAUUGACCGGUGAAAUAGUCAAAUCUUUUUCCAACCUUGGUGCAAUUGAAUACUUGGACUUGUCUUACAACAACUUGACAGGGACUAUCCCCCCUGUCCUAGCAGAAUUGACAUCCCUCAAAGUUCUAGAUUUAACAAGCAACCAGCUAAAUGGAUCGAUUCCUUCUGCCCUACUUGAAAGGUCACAAAAUGGAUUUCUUACUUUAAGAACUGAAGGUAAUCCAUCUCUUUGUGACAAUGGAACUUCAUGUGGAGCAAUUUCAAGAUCAGGGAAGAAGAAACUAGCAACAUCUAUGAUUGUCAUUCUUUGUAUAGUUCCUAUUUUCAUUCUGCUUGUAGUGAUGGCUAUAAUUUGGAGGCUGAAAAGGCCACAGGGCUUCUGGUGUAAUACCACCAUGAAUCCAGGGAAUCAAGUCUCCUCCAAUCAAGUAAAAGGCCAACAUCAUGAUUCAUUGGAACUGGAGAUUCGCCAAUUUACGUACUUGGAGUUGAAGAACAUAACUAACAACUUCAAUAAAAUCCUAGGCGAAGGAGGAUUUGGCAUUGUCUUCUUUGGGUGCUUAGAAGAUGGCGCUCAAGUUGCAGUCAAGAUGCAAUCUCAAACAGCAUCACAAGGAGCCAAAGAAUUCCUUGCUGAGGCCCAGCACUUGGCAAGGGUUCAUCAUCGCUAUUUAGUUUCUAUGGUGGGCUACUGCAUCGAUGGAGACUAUCUAGCACUUGUAAUUGAAUAUAUGCCACAAGGAACUCUACUUGAGCAUCUGCGAGGCAAAAGAGUUGGGACAAGAACUUUAAGUUGGCGACAGCGUCUCCAAAUUGCACUUGAAGCUGCUCAAGGACUGGAGUACUUGCACUCAGAAUGCAAGCCACCACUAAUUCAUAGAGACGUUAAGUCUGCAAAUAUUCUUUUGAGUGAGAAUCUGGAGGCCAAGAUAGCAGAUUUUGGGCUGUCAAAAGCUUUCGAUAGUGGGACAAACACCCUAUCAACAAAAGUAAAGGGAACUCCAGGAUAUCUUGAUCCAGAGUACAACGUUUCCUUGCAGCUCGGUGAAAGAAGUGACGUAUUCAGUUUUGGAGUAGUUCUCUUAGAGCUGAUCACAGGGCAACCUCCGAUUUUGCGAACUCCUGAGAACAUACAUAUAUCUCAAAGGGUGCGCCAAGAGUUUGCCAAUGGAAAAAUUGAGGAACUUGUUGAUGCCAGAUUACAAGGGAAUUAUGACAUAAACUCCGUUUGGAUGUGUGCACAGGUCGCACUAGAUUGCACCUUGUUGUCAUCCCGUGAGAGACCACUCAUGACCCAAGUUGUGACACGGCUAAAAGAGAGCUUGGUACUAGAGACCUCCCAUGGUAGGACUGAGAACCCAGUCACUUGCAGCGAGAACUUGGAAGUCAACAAUGCAAGCCAGACUAGAAGUGGUGCCCUUCGUAUAGAAGAUAUUGCAAGAAUGUCAGCUGAUGUAAGUGGUCCAUCGGCGAGAUGAUGUUAGGGCAGUCGAGUCUCUUCCGACUGAAAGCUUUGUGCUACCAUCCACAAGGCAUUUGAACUUAUUGUUGUUUCAGCUUUACGAAUCUUUAAAACGAGCCUAUAUGAACGUCGAGAUUAUUCUGUAAUGUGCGCCAGUAGAUGUUCAGAUUUUCGAGUUAGUAUUGAUUAUGUUGAAUGA